ACUAUUUCAUGUCUUUUCCACUCCACGCUCAGUAUAGUAUUUCUACGACGCAGGGCUUACACGUGUCACUCCUGCGAUUCCAUUGACCCUAUUCGCUGAACCAUAGGAGACUCACCGAACAAACCACUUCCCCGCCUGGGGCCGUACUCGCAGCGCCCGCCAGACAUACAUAGAGCCUGGCACUACAACCCAACCUCCCCUUCCACGCCCUCUCUUACCUCCGACUCGAGCAUGGCGCCAUCCGCUACCCCCUCAGAGCAGGGCUCUGCACGAGUCGGCCCACACCCCUCCUACAUCGAGAUCGCGAAACCCUACAUCCUCCAAUCGCGCAUCCAGACAUGCCUUGCGUCUAUUCAGAUGUCUGACGCAAAGGAAGACGCCGUGCGCUUACAAGGCGUGACAUGGAUUGACGCGGUACGACGAGCUCUGUCGCUGCCAAUCCGGACCUUCAACACAGCAGUCAUCUACUACCACAAGUUCAGGCUGUUGCACGGAGAGAAUGAGUUCAAUUGGGCCGAUGCGAGUGCGGCCGCGCUGUUCACAGCAUGCAAGAUCGAAGACACGCUCAAGAAGAGCAGGGAGAUUUUGUGCGCAAGCUGGAACUUGAAGGUUGGGCCUGGAGAGGCGCUGAGCAGCGACGAUCCGAGGUUCGAUAUUCAUUCUAAGCAAAUCAUCGGCCUAGAGAGGCUCAUGUUGGAGAGCGCAGGGUUCGAUUUCAGGAAUAGAUAUUCGCAGAAACUCAUGGUCAAGCUAGCGAGAGCGUUGAAGUUCGACCGAAAUGGCGAGGGCAAGACGGCAUGGAAUCUGAGUGUGGAUCUGUACAGGACGUUUGCGCCGCUCAAGCAGAGUACGCCGACUUUGGCGAUUGCGUGCUUGGAACUGGCGGCGCGAUUGCACGAGAGGAACACAGACGCUUUGGUGGACAGAGGCGCAUGUAGGUAUGCGAAGUGGGGAACAAGUCGAGGGGAAGUCAUGGAAACGCUCCUUGACCUCCUCGACCUCUACACGCACCACCGCUCUGCUACCUCAAUCGGCCCUCUGUACCCCCUCGAAACAUUCAUAAACAUCCGCAUCACCCUCAACACCGAAGCCUCGCGUCUCUCACUGCCGCGCUUCACUCCCUACGCCUCCGAAACGCCCUCUGUCACCACUUCGCCCGCUACACCUGCUGCUGUAAACGGGCUGAAAGCCCGCUACAGCGUCGACACGACGAGCCCGAACACCCCUGACACCCCAGGCACAAUUUCGCCGGGCCAGCCGGACGCCAGCGCGAUCGGUGUAAGAGGUCAGAACGGGACAGUUAGGUUCAUGCUAGAUGCGGCGCGUGCCAGGGACGAGAGAGCGGAGGUUGAGAAGUACCAUAAGGUUGAGGAAGAAGAGUAUGAAGUCGAGGUUCCCAACGAUAAGGUCGAAAACGGGGACAGGGAUAGGAGGAGGGUGCGUUGAGUAUGCUAUUGGAUUUUGCACUUGAGUUUGCGUUGUGGAUUUGCGUUUGUGCUUUGCAGUCCUGCUCUUGAGCAUGCACUAAAUGCCAUUCACAGAAUAAGAAAGACGGUAAGA